UGCGUGAGAGUGGCGCAUGGCCUUGGCCACGCGGGACGCAGCCGCUGCGCUUCGCCUUCGCGGGACGGCUUCCACGCGCUUUCUUUUUUCUUUUUUUCAGCAUCUUCUCUGAAACCAGGAGAGGAGAGACAACCUUCCUCUACCUCCUCCUCCUGUCCCGCCGCCUCCCACACCCACGCGUGGGUCUAAGAAGGGGAAAAAGAGGCCGCUGCAGAGAUAUUGACAAUCUCCUGAUUGGUCGAUGGAUUUACCACUGACAACGCAACAGUAUUUUAGUUAGAAAAUCGAGUGAAGCAUGGGUGACUGGAGCUUUCUGGGGCGUCUGCUGGAGAAUGCUCAAGAACACUCCACAGUGAUAGGAAAGGUUUGGCUGACGGUCCUCUUCAUUUUCCGCAUUCUGGUGCUGGGCGCGGCCGCCGAAGAGGUUUGGGGGGACGAGCAGUCGGACUUUACGUGUAACACGCAACAGCCGGGUUGCGAGAACGUGUGCUACGACGAGGCUUUCCCCAUCUCCCACAUCCGUUUCUGGGUGCUGCAGAUCAUUUUCGUCUCCACCCCCACCCUCAUCUACCUGGGCCAUGUGCUUCACAUCGUACGCAUGGAGGAGAAGAGGAGGGAGAGGGAGGAGGAGCUCAGGAAGGCCGGGCGCCUCCAGGGGGACCACGACCCCCUCUAUCACAACGGAAUCGGCGACGGCAAAGGAGGAAAGAAGGACAAGCGCCCGAUCCGGGAUGAGCACGGAAAGAUCCGGAUUCGUGGGGCCCUUUUGAGGACCUACAUCUUUAACAUCAUCUUCAAAACAUUGUUUGAAGUGGGCUUCAUCUUAGGACAGUACUUCCUGUACGGGUUCCGCCUGAGGCCGCUCUAUAAGUGCGCCCGCUGGCCCUGCCCAAACACUGUGGACUGCUUCAUCUCCAGGCCCACUGAAAAGACAAUCUUCAUCAUCUUCAUGCUGGUGGUUGCAUGCGUCUCUUUGGUCCUCAACCUACUGGAGAUCUACCACUUGGGCUGGAAGAAGGUCAAGCAAGGGGUUACUAACGAGUUUAUUCCUGAGAGUGAGUCGAUUCUAGGUCAACAUGGGCCUGGGGAUGCAGAGACGAUCCCUGAACAGGUCUCGCCAUCCGCGCUCAACCGAUUGCCGGAAUACGCUAAUGGUAAUGCUAAUGCAAGCUUCAUGGGGGAUAGAGCUGCCGAAGAAGGAGCCUCCAGUCCAGCUGUGAUCUUCAACCCCAACAUGGCUACAACCCCAACGCCUUCAGAACUCAACGUGGAUGGUGGUGCCUUCCAUUCGGAUGUCUUCCUGUUGGAGGUGAGGUCUCCUUCUUUUUCCACCAAUGGGGAGAAAGUAAGCAUUGGCAGCCAUGGGCAGCUGUCGGAAAUGGAGCAAAACUGGAGAAACAUGGCUUUGGAGCUCCACAAUCCGAAUGGCAAUAGCUCCUCCUCGUCAUCUUCAUCCUAUGCCGAACCUCUACCCUCUUCCCCGACCUCUGCCUCCUCGUUCUCCCCCGAAGACGAGGCGGCCCUUCAGCAGGAGAACCAACUCUCCAUGUUCCCCACGCUCCCCCGCAACACGCCUCUUUCAAUCAUUGCACCAGAGGUGAGAGCAGCGGACGAGGAAAGCCCGGCGGUCCAGAACGAGGACGCCACAGCAGAAAUGCAUCCGCCUCCUGCUGACACCAGGAGGCCGAGCCGGGCGUGCAAGUACAGCGGCGCCAGAGCCCGGCCCGAUGAUCUGGAAGUGUAGCUAAAACGUACACACUCACCACAACAGUGCAAACCUACUCUUUACACAGCAAAAAGGGUACAUAAAUAUACAAAUAUAUGCAGCUUUCUAGAUCCACACACUUUGAUGCUUCAACUGGAAAAGAAGCAGAGCAUGACCAACAGAGUACGAAGCCUCUCCAACUCUAAAGGCCCAGACGUCCUGAGGAGCUCAGCACACACUUGGUUCCGUCAUGGGUGAAUAAUGUCAAUUUGUAUAAAAGACGAAACAGAAAAUCUUCAAAAAGAGAAACAUCUAAGGACGCCUAACCUUAGAAAGUCAGUUUGAUUUGCAAAAUGCCGUGUGUAGACAUGCGAUUGGUCAAGGCAGGAAAUCUCGUAAGAGUCAUUUGUCUCAGUUUAGCAUACGCAACUGGAAACAAGGCAGCAGCUCGCCUCAUAUUUAGUAAAUCUGUGAAAAGUUUGGCUGAACUACUUUUUGUCAGCUCUUUAACUUGCCGUUAAUACAAUAAAUAGAAUUCCAAGUCUAUGAGUGAACUAAUUAUGAUGUCUACUUCAAAAGAAAUCUUUAACUGGCAUUUUCGCUCUUUUAGAAUUAACAAUCAUAAUUGUACACAUUGGAAUUGAAAAUGGUUUAUUAUCAACGUCAGAGACCAGCUAUUGGGGUUAAAUAACAAACAUAUAUGCACCUUCUCUGUGUCCUUUAUAACAUUUGAACCACAAUGCGUGUCAAAAGCUGCAAGUUAUUGAUAAAUCAAGUUAGAAGUCAAAUGGAAAUUGAGUACUUUUAAGAACUUUUUCUAGUUUUUUAGGUGUUAGUACCAACAACCGUAUAAGAGAACUGGACUGAGUGUUACCUCCUCUCUUGUGUUCCAAAUAGGAACUACUCGUGGAGCCAAAGUCCAAUAGUAGGGCGGAGCUAUAGGGGAGCAAAAGGGAGCAGGUGCCCCAUCUAGCAAACCGCCCUCCCCCCAUUUUACUUCAAUGUUAGCAUCCUUAUUGACAAAGAUUAAUACAAUGUAACGGUAAACAUUUUUCAAAAAACUUAUAAGCAGCAAAAAGUCCUGUACACUUCAGUUAUGUUCCAGCUUUUUGACUUUGGAACCACAGAGGGGUCUAAAAUUUAACAGAAGGGCCGGAGAUCAGUGUUUUGGUAAUCUACCUCAUAAGAGAAAGAAAUGACAUGAAAUCUGGACGAAAAAAGGGUUUAAUUUGGACAAAUUUAGAAAAGCAGAAUGUGGCGGCCAAACGCUCAAUUGUUACAACAGAGGCUUUAGUUCUCAUUUUAGUGCCAAUACCACUGAUCACUUGAUGUCCCUCAGGGAAAAACGCCAACAUAAAGAAAUGCUGCGUUCAUGUGGUGUUGGAAAGAUUGGAAAAAUGACUAUCCGACUCAGAAAACACACAUGAACUUUAAGGAUUAUCAACAUCCUAAUAUAGUUUGGCGGGCCGCAUACGGGCACCGGGCCACAGUUUGCCCACCCCUGCAUUAAAGUGAGCAAAUUAAAGCUAACAAAAAAGCUUCAGAAAAUUUCUUACAGCUGUAGGAAAGAAUAAAUAUACUUCAAUUACACAUUAAAGUAAGGUAAUUAAGGCUAACAAGAAAGCUUCAGAAUAUGUCCCACUUUUUUCAUCUAUUCUAAUUAGUUCUUUCCCUUGCUUUCGGUGUUUAUGCUAAGCUAAGGUAACUUUUUUUUUGCUGGUUUCAUCCUAGAAAUCAAAAUUACUGAUGUGGCGUUGAUGUUGUCUGACUUUGAACAAAAAUAAUUAUUUUUCAAUUUUUUUUUUAAAUUUAUAAAUACAAAUAACAUAGGUAUUGGUAGCUCGUUAGAGGCCAAAUCUAUUGAAAGGGAUGAGGGAGGACUGAAGGCUAUUUUAUGUGCCUUUACGUGUAUGUAGACACGGGUACUGUUUACAUAUUUUUAGCACAGAUCUGGGGAAAGUAAGAUUAUUUAUUAUGGUGAUGAUUGGACUUGGAGCAUAGAGGUAUUAAUAAUGUUUAUUCAUAUUUUUAUAUUUAUUUUGGCUCUUUGAUGGGAGACGCCACAGGAGAGGUUUGCACUUUUGUUCUUUCCUUUUUACUUCUUAAUCCUAAUUUUUUGUGACGAUAGAGCUGAUCAGCCUGUGGGUCUGUUGAAUGUGUCUGUUGAAUGUGCACUGCUCUCAUCCAGCCUGAAGUUUCAAUGAAGAGAGGGGAUGCACUGUCAGAAAGCAAUGAUGCAGUCCCACACUGAGACAAUGCUCUCUUAGGCUUUUCAGGCUGCCAGUGUGUCUUCUUUCUUCUUGUCUUCUGUCUUCUUAAACGCAUUUCUGCAUUUACAUGAGAGCUGCACAAAAUAUAUAAAUAUGUAAAUAUAUGAUAUGCAUCACAUGAUGCAGAGCGGCCUUAAUUAUGAAAGUUGUUCUCUGUUCAAGGUGCAAUUAACAUCCAACAAAAAAAGCGGAAUUAUUCAUUUUGGAACUGGUUCAAUUUUUUAUUUCAGGCAGUUUUAAAGAGCUGCAGCAGAAAAGACGAGUUUAGGUUGUAGGUUUUGCAGCUUGAGCGGAGCAUAAACUCAGUAAACCUUCUUUAGUGGUUGUGUUUGCAGUGUGAUUCAGAACUCUCAAGUUUCCACUGUUUCGUUAAAAAAAAAAAAAAAAAGUAUACCAGAACUAUUAGAUUUUUAGAAAAUAAAUUUUAAAAAGCAA